UCGAGUUCUGCGAAGGAAGGGAAUCUGUUAUCCUAUCGAGGUCGCGGGCGGAUCACUACUGCCGCCAUCAGAGCGCGGGCCGAUGAGUCCAGGCUCGAUGAUGAUGCAAGCCUCAAGGUAAAGCGCGCUGCAAAUACAAGCAAAGAAGAAUGGCUACCUUCUAAUGCGGAUUCUGGCCGCCUGACGUUGCAAUCUGCAAUAGGUUCCCUCUGGAGACGGGUCAAUGGCUGCCUUCUUUUGACAACCCUUAUGGUGGACAUGUUGCAAUUCUUGUGGUGGAUGAGGUAGAGGCGUGGUGGAUACGCAGAGGUACAUAGUGCUGAAAGCUGCUUUGAGCGUGACAGCUUUGAUAUGGAUGGGGCGGUGGACAGUACGUAAACCAAUCUUGUAUGCUUGCAGAGCGUAAAUUUCGUGGGCCUGAUCUAUCUGCCAUCUUGAAUGAAGCUCGAGAAACACAAUAGUUGGACAGUACAGCCCUCUUGCAAAUUUUGAAGAGCUCCAUGAUCUUAGUCCAGCUCAGCUCAAACACAGUGUCGCAGACAACCUUGGGUCCGGGAGCAGUCAUAGGGCAUUGCACCAGAAUUGAAUAAAGUCACCUGCUAUUCUCCUCUAGAACUUCCCACCUGCUGUACUCCUCCUGCGGCUAUGGUCUCUGCAGAUGCUUGCCUACAUGAAGAGAGGACAGACAGCUGGUGCAGGAUGCAAUAAUGCACUUGCUCAUUCACAAGAAUGAUACCGGCAAGACAGAAGCUCAAUUACCCGCCAGGAUCCACUGUCCUAGUCGAGAAUGGUGUGUCCAUGAGAGUGACAAGAUUUGGAAUUGAUCCACUUCCUCCGACGGGGCUACCUGAUUUGCGCCCGCUGCCGAGCUCUCCAAAGCCCCUGUUGGCGAGCCGCAUUCCAUCACCGCUGGCACAGCUGACCAUGGCAUUCACCCCCAAGCAGAGGGCAGAAUUGGAGCACCAGGUCUUGCUUACCAAGUAUCUGGUCGCCAAUGUGCAAAUUCCAAGCGAGCUGUUACAGCCUUUGGGCACUCAUGGGGUGCCAAACGACCACUUUGCAACCAAGUCAACCUUCCACAAUCCGUUGAGCAUUCGAGACAUGAUGGCAAGCAGUGGGAACGGCAGCACCCCUGCUCCGCAGCACGCCCGAUGCCUUCGUACUGAUGGGAAGAAGUGGCAGUGCAAGAAGGCUGUGGUUCGGGGCCAGAAAUACUGUGAGAAGCACAUGCAUCGGGGCAGGCACCGGGCUCUUAACAAGAAGGUGGAAGGAAUCCAGCCGGCCUCCAACCAACAGAAAGAUGCAUCGGGGGAUUCUCGAUCGGACUCCCCAUCAUCACAGGACAGAAGUAAGGGGACAGACUCUCAGCAGCAUCAGGCGGGGUCAGAAGAGGGGCCAGCGAAGAGAACAAAGCUGGAAAAGAGGACAAGUGUCAACUCUAAAGCAAGGCCCGGCGGCCAACAGCGGGACAAAGCGGCUCUCCCUCAACAGACAAGGUCCCCAGCAUUACCCCAGUCGUUGUCGGAACUGAGUGCUCGCUACCCGAAUCCUGCACUUCCCAUGACAAGUGCGCCAGUUGGGCAAGCUGGAUUCCGGGAGCUGUACUCGGCACCAUAUUACAACCUUCCAGGCCCCCGAGCCCCAGCCCCAGCCUCGAAUCUCAUGUAUCCCUUUGCCAACCUCGGCCCUGCGGACAACGAGCGGAUACAGGACCUGCUCGAAAGAAGUCUUGGGAAGCCAGAUUAUGACAACGUGGGCAUCCCUUCCUUGUCGAGCCAAGUCUUUUCAAACGGGCAUGCGGCCGCGUUUGCAAGCACGCGCAUCAACAGGGAUGGCACCAUGGUUCCCGACACCAACGCUGAGAUGGCAAUGGCGAUGCUGCUCCGCGAAGAGAGGGCCAAGCUCGAUCGGGAGGCCAUCGCCGCAGGGCUUGGCUACCGAGGGGUGCCUUCGAAUUACAUGGACCCAAGGGACCACUCGAUACGGCUCCAGUUCGAGGACUACCGAGGGAUGCCUCCAUUCCAGGACUUCCGCUCCUCGGUGCCCUUCGAUGCAUACCGGCCCGGCUCGGGCCCCCAUCCCACUCACGGCUGGAUGCAGCCCCAGGUCUCCCCGUCCUCGCCCAGCCAAUGGCAGCUGGCCACGUCAGCGCUGGAGCGCGACUUGCAUGGAGCCGGCCGGCUGGCUCGGUCCUUCUCUCGGGAUGCGGUAGGCUCCGGCAUGCAACACCAGGCGGGGAUGGCAGGGGGCAUGUCGCCCAAGAAUGGCUCACUGCAGCGGCAGGGGUCGGAACCGCUGGCUAGGCUCUCCCUGCAGCGCCAACUGUCGGACCCGCUGACGCUGGCCGGGAAUGGAAUGAAACGCUCGGGAGAUAGCUCCCCUGAAGGACUCCCCCCUCAUCUCGCGUUCCUGGCCCAGAACAACAACGCCAGCAACAACAUGCAACCGAUCGACGAGGAGCGGGGCCUGGUGCGCACCCACUCGCUCGUCAAGGGGGGCAGCCUGGCCAACCGGCACGGCCAGCGGUCCAUGCUCAGCCGACAACCCAGCCUGCAGAGCGACGACCCGGAGAAGCCGUGGCUGGCAGUAUCGACGGGGCUAGGGAGCUGGGAAAACGACGUGGGCGGCCCGCUAGGAGAGGCCCUACGGCGGACGGCCUCGGGAACUCCGGUCCAGCCCGAGGAGAAGCCCGGGGAGAAGCUGCUAGCAGGUGAACCCCCGAGCAGCGAGUUCGGGAUGCUGAAUGAGCAAUUUGUGGUGGAGCCCCUGGAGCCGGAGCUAGCGUCACGUUCCGACGUCCCGGAUGCGACGGGGAGCGGGGAGGACCGGCUGCAAAGCGACCAGGUCUUGAACAAGGACUUCCAGCCGUUCUCGUUAGACGGGGAGUCGGAGAGCCCGAAGGCAGAGCGGGAGGCCUUGGAUGACGCCAGCUUGAAAGACUUUGGGCAAGGGGACUCGGAGCUGAAAGUCUAGGGGGAAGGGCCUGACAGGUAAAAGUAUGCAGAUUAGGAGGAAUGAAAGAGAUCAGGAGGCGGUUUCCGCUGUGUCGGGAGAGCAGAGGUUUGCCUGUUGUGUUGCAUGUUAGCAUUUAGUUGGUCUUGUAUUAGUAACCCGUCUGAGGUAUAGUUGAAAAACUCAAGGUGGGCAGCCGUGUCUCAGCUCAUCUAUGACGAUGUCUGUAAGCAAGUCGUAUUAGCUGUCCUUAUUAGGAUCAACAGUAAAGACUAAAGGAAGACGGCCCCUAGCAAGUCCGAAGGGUGUUAUUAGAUCCUUGCCUGUUCGAAUAAAGUUGCAUCAGCAAUACACUUAUUGAAGAAAUUGAUGGCUUUGACAGUGAAUCAACACCAGUGAUACGAGGACUACCGUAGUAGAAUCUAGUGCUGGGUGUAUUUAAUCGCCUAGGCUUGAUGGAGAAACGAAAGGUCUGUCGAGUGCUAGCUAUAUAGUGGCAAGACGUGCCAUAGCGUGCAAUGGCGACCUCGUUGCAGUCAAAUCACCAAGGGAGGGGCAAACACAGAUGGUCCUUGGUAGGAUAGCUUUAAAAGGGUCGCGCGUGGACUUGUUUGAUCCUCUUAUCCAUCCGCUGAUGGCCAACAUAAGCCAGCCCGCGGCCACUGACUUUGCUAAAGUUGCACCGAGUAGAGCCUAACCUAAUCCAACGUGUUCUUCCUGGGCAUGCAUUCUUGGUUGCUCGAUAUGAUCCAG